AUGCCUGAUCACAGAGCUUGGAACAUGGAUGAGGCCACACGCAACAGACUCCUCAAGAAGUACAAAACCCAGGUCGCAUCGGGGGUGUCGACUAUUUGCGCUACAUUGUCGGUGACUCCUCUAGAGAACGUCAAGACUCGGAUGCAGACACACAAUUUCAAGAACAUAUGGCAGUGUGUCCGCUAUCUCUGGGUCACUGAAGGGCCUCGGGGAUAUGUCGCUGGCGCCCUUCCACCCUUGGCAAGUGUCACGGUAGUCCGCGUCGUCAACUUUACCGUAUACAAUGCCUUCAAGGACAUCAUCGCUGAUAACGUCGAACGCGUAACUGGUUCUAACCCUUUGGAUAACUACAACAAGCCUGGAAGCCUCCCCACCGUGACGGGUGUUCUUACUUUCACCACUGCAGGCCUCAUCGCUGGCUUGGUCGCAUCGCCUAUUGCCUGCCCCUUCGAGUUGGCGAAGAAUGUCGUUCAAACUUCAGUUCUAGUGUCUCACCGCGCCAUGGCUGCCCCGGACGCAGUCCGAGACCGAUCUCUGCGUGACAAGCCUCGCUUGGGUACCGUUCAAGCCAUCAAGAAGAUCUAUGGACGAUAUGGAAUUUGGGGCCUUUACACCGGUUUCCGCCUGCAUGCGUUACGCGACACCGUGGGCUCAGGACUCUACUUUGGUGUUUAUGAGACUGUGAAGCAACUCGCAGCCAAGGAGUUGGGCCAAGACAAAAACCCCUUCGGGGCACCUAUGAUUGCCGGUGCCAUUUGCAGCACCGUGCCCUGGUUCUGCACUUAUCCUCUGGAUACGCGCAAGACUCGCGCACAGAGUGUUCUGCUGGGAAAAGCCAGUGAGAUUGGUGAGGCCUCACAAGCUGUUGCCAAAUCCGGCAUGUACAAGGGCCUGUCCAUCAUUCUUAUCCGGACCGGCGUCAACAACAUGAUCCUGCUCAGCAUUUUCGAAUACAUCAGAAUGCGCAUUGACGAGCUGCCAAAUUAA